AUUCACAAAAAGCUGGACCAGCAAUGGCUCUGCUGAAGGUUCUGCUGCUGCUGGGGCUGGGUGUUUCAGUGAACUCAGAUGUUUCUCUGCAGAAGAGAAUCAUUGGAGGUCAUGACUGUGCUGUCACGGAGCGUCUCUAUCAUGUUCGGCUGGAGGGCUCCAAUGGUACUCAUGAAUACAAGUGUGGAGGUUCUCUGAUCCACCCUAAAUGGAUCCUGACUACAGAUACCUGCUGGAAAUCGGAGACAGGGUGGAUUAAUGUACCAAUGUUUAAAGUUCAUCCACGGACUUCCAGACUGAAGAUUUCCAGCCUCCAAAAUGCUGCUACGUUUCAGGAUCCCGAAGGUUGGCUUCAUGACAUCAUGUUGCUGAAGCUUAAAAGAGCAGUAACAGAUAUCCCACUUGCUCCGCUACCAGACUGCAGUAAUCGCCCUAAAAUAGACGAUGUUGUUCAGCUGGCCGGAGAGGGAGCAACGACAACCGGCCCCAAUAAUCGGCAUUUAUCCAAUGCUGCUACAGCAACAAAUCUUCAGUGUGUCGACAUGAAAGUUGUUGAGGCUUCCCAUUUCCUGCCGACAUAUGGGCAUGUAUUCUCUGCUUCAGCACCGAACAAGGAUGUAUGUUAUGGUGAUGCUGGUUCAGCAGUGGUGUUCAACGGCAUGAUUUAUGGUCUGACUUCUCCAGGUAUACCAGACUAUGCAUGUGAGAGCGUAGUUUCAGUUGUAGAUUUGUGUGAAUACAUCGGGUGGAUAAGAAGAACAAUUGGCCUUAAAUAAAACAAACUGUCAUGAAAUAAAAUUCUCAUCAUAUUUCCUCUCAGAUAUAAUUUUAUUAUUAUAUCUUGACCAGUUUGAUCCACAUGUUUGUAGAAUUAGAAUAAAUCAAUAGUUUUGUUUUUCCUCAUCUAACCUUGAUCUCCCUAAUGGAUCUUUCUCUGUCUCAGAAAUGAACAAUGAAUCAAUAAAUGCAUGAAAAAUAAACAUUUCCUGGCUGAUCGUCUUUA